CUCUCUCUCUCUCUGCACUGACCCAUCCUACUUCUUGCUGUUGACUUGCCUUGACUAGCCUCAGGAAAAGUUGCUCAAUGUUAAUGUUUGACAAGUAGGAAGAAGGGCCUUGGCUGCCAUAUCGCUCAGUCUCAGACAACACGACCACACUCUUUCAGUUCUCCUUCUGCUCGAGACUUUGUUUGCUUUUUUGUGGAGAUAUUGCAAAUCUGAGGGAGAAAGACAGAACGACACCAUGGAGGUGCUAGUGCUGCUCGAAUUCGAGGGCACCAUGGGAGACGAGAUCACACUGAAGAUGGGGGAUGUGGUCAAAAACGUCACUAAGGCCAGCGAGGAGGGAUGGCUGGAGGGGGAGCUGAGAGGAAAGAGAGGCAUCUUUCCUGCUAACUUCACCAAGGAGGUGCCAGUAUAUUUGAUAGGUGACAGCACGAGGGAACCACGGAGCCUCAGAAAAACAAAGUGGAAGAAGCAGACGAGGAAAUGCGAGGUUACGUUUGCCUACAACCCCUUGAAUGAGGAUGAGCUGCAGCUGGUGGUUGGGGAGACGAUAGAGAUCCUCCGCGAGAUUGAAGAUGGAUGGUGGAUGGGGGUAAAUAAUGGCAAAUUGGGAGUAUUUCCAUCAAACUUUGUCACAGAGAUUUUUGUUUCCCCUAAAGACAGCAAAUACAAUGAGGGCAAGUCAAGACCCAAGCUCACAGAUGCAGUGUUCAACAAGGAGGGCAUUUCUCAAAGAGCAAGCGUCAGGAGCAAAGCAAAAACCGUGGUGGAGUGUUGCCAAGUCAUGUUUGACUACAAGGCCAAAACGGAGGAUGAGUUGGAUCUAAAUAAAGGAGACACUGUUGUUAUCCUGAGAAAGGAAACAGAAGAUGAAGGCUGGUGGGAGGGAGAGAUAAACGGGCGAUGCGGCUUCUUUCCGGAUAAUUUCGUCAUGCUGAUACCACCAAUGGACAGUCUGCAAUCUGGGACCACAAACCAACCGCCUGCACGCAACAUCAGCAAGAAACUGCCAGUAAAGACAGAGGCCUCAGCGAUGGACAAAAGUGGUUCAACAAAGACAAAAGAUUAUAAACCAGAGGUCAAGGACCUGAGAAGCAAUCCUCCAACCAAAUUCAAGCUGCCGUCCAUCACCAAGCCCAUCCCGCCUCCAGUCAAAGACAAACCUAACAAGGUUUCAUCCAAAACCAAUGGCGAUGCGGCACCAAAACAUUCGGAGGAGAAAGAGACGGACCAGUUUGAUGGAGUGGACGUGCAGACUGAUAAGCUCUCCCACCCGACAGCAAACAGAGCCAAACCCCCGCAUAGGAGACCACCGACUGGCCUGGUUACAGCAGCACACGCUACUGACCAAACAGAACCAGAAAUAUUGCCCAAGACGUUUCCGAUGGACAAAUUACCUGACUUGCAAAAGGGUAAAGAAAACCUCCUGCCAUUUCCUGCAAAGCCGGAUUAUAGGUCCAAGACGCCACCUCCGCUUCGACCAGCACCACCCCAAAAAGUUUUGGAAGGCAUAACAGCGACCCAUAAAGAAGAGCCAACGAUGUUAGCCCUGCAGGCGGAGAUCAAAGAACUGAGGAUGUCUCUGGAGCUGCUACAGACACGACACGACCGAGACAUGCAGGAAGUGAAAGAAGAACUGAGGGAGGAGAGAGACAAACGAAUGGCACUGCAGGAUGAAGUACACAGUUUGAGGAUGAAGCAUUAAUCCCAACACAGGCUUUGACUGUGCUGUCUGACACUGUGCCAUGCAAGCUUUUGUACUGCAAGUUUUUCUAACAUAAAAUGAGAAUCGAGAAGACAAGCAAGCUCUCCUACUGUAGACAAACGUGUGAGGGCUAAAUUAGAGAAUAUAGUUGGACAUAGGAUUAGCUCAUCCUGCAUUGAACUGGAGCAAAAUACUUUUAAUUAUGUGUUGUUAAAUUUUUUUACAUAUUUUUUAUGCUGGAAGUCAAACAUGUAAAAUGAGUUGCAAAUUAAUGUCUUACAUUGUGCUGUUUCAACUGUCCCUUUUAUUACACACUGUACGUUUAACAUUUACUUACUGAACGCCUCAGUAGAAUAUAUAAUACAUGCAGCUGUAUAUAGGAGGGAAUAUUGUGAUGUCUUUUGCAAACACUUUAAAUAUAAUUUUAAAGUCA